CAAUUUACCCAGAACUACAACAACUAAGUGCAGUCGGAAAACUUAAGAGAAUCGUGUAAUAUAUUAAUACUAUUAUAAUAAAUACAACUGCGCAAUGUACUGGAAAAUGUGGUUUGGAACCUUAAGUGUGGGGCUGAUGGUUCUUUCGAUUUGUCCACAAUGUGCUGCAUACAGAAUACCAAAUGUGGAUCUGGUACUGUUGAAUGAACUGGGCUUCGAAGUCUCCAUACCAGACGAAUCGGGCAUGCAACGUGUCUUCUACAUGCUGCAAGUGGACGACAUUUGUCCGGCAUUGAUGGACUACAUCACCGAAGUGAGCAAUGGCAGUUGGGUGACCAGACAGAAGACCGUACUGCACAACAACGAUAAGCUGCAGAUAUCGGUCCUGGUGCAAUACAACGACGUCAUCUACGAGAAGAGCGAGACACGCGUCAUACUCAAUGACCGCUUGCUGUCCACUCGACACAGCAUCUCGCGCAGCAUAGAUCAGCUUAUUGGACAAGAGCAGUGCCAAGCGAUUGUCGCCGCGGAUCAAUCGCCUUGCAAGCCAUCACAGAGCAUUGUUGCCAAUCAACAAAGCAUCUGUCAGGGUGAACUGUUGUUCGAGGAUAACUUUGAUGGGACACAGUUGAAUGUCAGUGUUUGGACACACGAUGUGCGACAGCGGAUGUAUCAUGCCGAUGAGGAGCUGGUAGCGUUUGAUAAUGCUACACGGAACUCAUACGUAAAGGAUGGACGUCUCUACAUUGUGCCCACAGUCGCAACUGACGUGACAACGGGCGCCUUUCGUUUGGGCGAUCGUUGUACGGCUGUGGACACUCCGGAUGUGGAGUGCAACAUUGCGCAGGGCAGCUUUUAUAAGAUUAAACCACCAGUUUAUUCGGCACAGUUACAUACGCGCAAUUCCUUUAGCUUUAAAUAUGGUAAAGUUGUAGUGCGUGCCAAGCUGCCAAAAGGGGAUUGGCUAUUUCCAUAUAUUAUGCUGCAGCCAGUUUCUACGCAUGCGGAAACGCAUUAUGCCAAUCAAUUGCGCAUUGCACAGGCUCGUGGUAAUGCUAACUUGCGCAGCAAUAAACAGGAAGAUAUCUCGGGCAAUCGUGUAUAUGGCGGUAUGAUUGUUUGGCAGCAUGGUACUGCGCUUGAAUUCCUGUCGAAUCAUUUGAGUAAACAGCAUUAUGGUGAUGAAUUUCACAACUAUACAAUGAUCUGGCAUCGUGAUAAACUGACACUUAUGGUCGACGACGAAAUCUAUGGAGAACUUUAUGAUGGAUUACCUUUUUUUAACGAGAGAAGUUUUAUUAUUUUUGGCGUUACCGUUGGGGGCUUUCUUAACUUUGAUGACAGUUUACUUCCUAAAGAUGUCAAACCCUACAAAAAUCGAGAGCCGCGUGCUGCGCUUUCAUUUUGGCAACAUCGCGACGUCUGGGCGUCCACUUGGAGUAAACACAGCGCAAUGAUAAUCGAUUAUGUGCGCGUUUCUGCGGAGUAG